AUGGCUGCAACUAGCGUCCAAACGGCAAAAAGCGAUGUCGAAUUACGUGUCAACGAGGCUCUUGAGUAUAUUGAGGAAAAUCCAGGUGCAAAAAUUCGCUCUGUGGCGAAGAAAUUCAACGUGCCUCGUAGCCGGCUUCAACGACGUGCUAACGGCGUUCCUGCUAGGAAAGGCCAUCCAGCAAGAAAUACAAUGCUUUCACGAGAAGAGGAAGUUGCUUUAUGUAACUAUAUCGAUCGCCUUGAUAAGGCCAACUUCGCUGUACGACCUGAAUUCAUUACAGAUGCUGCACAUUUAGUUGUUACAAAGCGAAGAAUCGCCGACGGAUGGGGCGGCACGCGCAAGAUCAAAACGAUACACCAUGCAUCCGUGCUCUACGAGCGAGCAACCGAGGACCGGACACGAUACCAGGGGCGCACACGAGCAGACUUUGAUACUCUACACCAGUCUGUCCACGAGUUCCGUGUCGUGGAUAGAUCCGACGCGCAUACUCGGGAGAUUCGGGGCGCGGAGCGGCCCUCGGCGCAGGCGACUUGGCCGGUUCAAGGGCACGAGCACGAGCACGAGCACGAGCACGAGCUCGACACUAAUACCUUGUUGAACCAGCUUUUCGCGGAAGUCAGCAAUAACCUCGACGAGCAGGGGGCCUGGUCUCAAUGGUGGCCGGCGAUUGAUCAGGUGGAUCUUUAA